ACGAAAACGAUAGGUAUAGCAAUGAUAUAUGUCACUGGGGCAGAACUCGAUUCAAUCAAAGAACGCUUGGUUGGAAGUAAAAAGAAACAAUACGCGUUUGUUUUUUGCGUGGAUUGGUCCGACGGCUCGAGUUGUGACAUCUGGCGGAGCUACAAUGAUUUCUUUGAGUUUCAAUGCAGGUUAUUGGACUCUUUUCCUGAGGAAGCUGGCUCUGUUAGAGGAUUUGCAAGGAUUAUUCCCUACCUCCCAGGGAGAAAAAUCUUCAGGAAAAGUGACUUAGCUCUUGCAGAAGAACGAAAAUCGGACAUAGAAAGUUACGUUAAAACCUUGAUCAAACUUCCACCGAAGAUCUUACAAAGCAGCGUGUUGGUUUCCUUUUUCCAAAGAAGGGGCACCGAUCCGGAACGUUUUCACCAAUUUCCCCAAAGGAUUAAUAGACUGAGUCGUGAUGAAGAUACAUGCAAUUCAUUCACUGACGUUUCUAGUACUCAGGAAGGGAAGAAUACACCACGAGUUAAUGACUGUCUCAACACAAACCCUGCAAAAGAAGACUACGCCCAAGUAAGCUAUACAAAUCUCACAUUCGAGGCAUCAGGAAGUAUGGAAAGAGAGAGGCCACUAAAAAGCUAGGCGUCCUGGAACUCUGCAAUUCCAUCAAUGUUACAUGUGAAACUUCACAAUAUUAUUCAAAUUUCAUCAUAGUUUACUUACCUUUUAAAUAAUUGAGGUAGAAAACGAAAUUCAGUCGGUGGAGACGAGAGAAUCAGCUGCCUAAUUAAUCCUUAAAGGCGAAGUUUUUCGUUUGUCUCACGAUGUAGUCACGUGUGAUGUAGAUCGCGACAUUUCUAUCCUUUUAAUCCUGCCUUUUUUCGCGUUUCCACUUUCCCCUUGUAAUUACUCACUAAGAGCCUUGCAAUGGCUAGUAUACGCAUAAUCAAUAUCCAAAAGGUUCAAUAAGGUUUAGAAUGUUUUUUUUUUUAAUUGAGGCAGACCACUACUAGCUAAGGGUUGGCUCAUUUUGAAGUUGUCUAAUCUCUCAUUACUAAUACGACAUUAGUUCACGCAGCUGCCAGAAAAUUUUGUAAGGGUCAAUUUCCAUACUUGUGUUGCGUACGACAUUAGAAAGAAGUACUACAAGGCAAGAGUGUUAACUGACGAGAUAGAACAAAGGUUACUCUUGGAUCGUCAUAAUUUGUGUAGUGAUUAGCGGAAAUAUUAACCACAAUAUAUAGAGAUUAACAGUGAUUUAAAAUCAAUUCCUUCAUUUGGUUCCCAAGAGUCUGACUGGAAUAAUGAACGGAAACUUGCGACAAUCGUAAUAAUUGUAGCUUAACGUAAAAAAUAAUGGAAAUAAAUUACAAUGCAAAUUACUCACUAGA